CAAGUACACAGGCUACCAUCGAGUAAAGCGGGGGCGUAGAUUCACGGCGUGCAUCUUUGAUCAUGCUCAUAAAAGUCAAGACGCUCACUGGCAAGGAGAUUGAGUUGGACAUAGAUCUCGAAGACAAGAUUACUCGCAUCAAAGAGAAGGUUGAAGAGCAAUCCGGUGUGCCGCCACAGCAGCAAAGGUUGAUCUUCGGUGGGAGACAGAUGCCGGACGACAAGACCGCUAAGGAGUUCAACAUCUCCGCAGGAUCAGUUCUCCACCUUGUACUUGCUCUACGUGGCGGCUUUUGAGAUCGCGGACGGUUAUUGCGUGUGUCGAAACCGUGUUAUAGCAAGGCAGAAAUUCAAUCGCAAGCUGUACUUUGUGUUAUUAAACAUCAUUAAUAUCUUAUUUUUCCUUUUUGUGUCGCUUUCAUCUUGUAUCGCCCAUCUUCGGGGAUGGGUAACCCGGAAUGGUAGAUAUCUCCUUUCUACUCAUGCAGCUAAUCAUUUUCAUGUGGUCCCACGUAUCUCUGAUUGAUCUUCUCCGACGAUGUCUGCGUCUAGCUUGGCAACUCCU